CGUGAACCCUAAUAUUCUCUCUCAUCUCUCUAACAAAGCUUCAAUUAAUGGCGUAUUCUUCAUCAGAGCAGCCAAAAUACCGUCAAUAUCAUCCUUACCAAGAUCUUCAAGUUCCAAUUCAGAAUCUUUAUAACCUCCCAACAUCCCCUGAACUCGUAUUCUCAGAAGAAGCUACCAAGGAACGACGAUCAUGGAGCGAGAAUCUAACAUUCUACACCGGAUGUGGGUAUCUCGGCGGAGCGAUCGUCGGCGGCGCUAAAGGAUCUGUAGAAGGCAUUCGAACGGCUGAAUCCGGCGAAUCGUUAAAGCUUCGCGUUAAUCGAGUCCUCAAUUGUAGUGGUCAUGCGGGAAGGAGAUUUGGAAAUUCAGUUGGUGUUGUUGGAUUAAUAUUCGCUGGUAUGGAAAGUGGGAUCAUGCAUUUGAGAGAUUCUGAUGAUGUUUUGAACAGUGUUUUGGCUGGAUUGGGAACUGGUGCGGUUUAUAGAGCUGCUGGUGGAGUUAGAUCUGCUGCGAUUGCUGGUGUGAUUGGAGGUAUUGCUGCUGGAGCUGCAAGUGCUGGUAAAUUUGCAAUGAAAAGAUAUAUACCAAUUUGAAUGGAUUUGAGUUCUUAAUCUGUUGACUUGACUUGCCUUGUCUUGCAUUGCCCUUCAUUAGUUGAUAGGAAGUUUAGUCUUUUAGCUAAAACAAUGGAGAUUGAAUUGAAUUUUGAUACUUUUGUUCUUAGGGUUUAUAUGCAUAUUUUGAAGUUGUUGGAUUGAAAUUAAAAUACCAUGAGUUGAUUA